AUGCGCAUGUCUCUGUACGGCAGCUUCCUGCUGUCUGACGAGCAGUUCCAGUGCUCCAUCUGCCUUGAUGUGUUCACCAACCCUUCGUCCACCCCGUGUGGACACAGCUUCUGCAUGGCCUGCAUCAGCCGCUACUGGGACGGACUCAAGGUGUGCCAGUGUCCUCUGUGUAAGAAGACCUUCCAGAAGCGUCCGGACCUGCAGAUCAACAGGACGCUGAGAGAAAUCACCGACCAGUUUAAAUCCAUGAAGGGUGGAGGAGGAGGAGGAGGAGGAGGAGGAGGAGCUGGGAGGGAGAAGAAGGGAGGAAAGGGAGGCGGGGGAGACGGAGGCAUACCCGAGGACUUGUACAACGAACUGAGGAGGAGGCUGCCAAAGACUCCCAUGAUGCCGAGCUGCGAGGCUCCGACUCACAGUGAGUCCAUCUCAGCCCUGCUCCCACCAGUCCCGGCCUUACUGGCUUCAUCGGUACCGAACUACAGUCCGAUCGCUGCCCUGAACCAGAACGCCGCCCCUCCUCCACCUCCGUAUCCGUCCUGCCGCUCCAGCGGCCGCAGACGGUUCACUCUGAGUGGGGCUGAGAGCAGCCGGAGCCUCCCCAUCUGUGAGAUCCACCACCGGGGAAUUAUGAUCUACUGCCGGACUGACCAGGUGUGUGUGUGUCCUGAGUGCGCAGAAGAAGAUCAUCCGGACCACGACACGACCACCGUGGAAACCGAGUGGAUGAAAACUAAGGUUCUGCUGAGUGGAUCCGAGCAGAAGAUCCAGGAGAUGAUCAGACAGAGGAUCAGGAAGAUGGACGAGAUCCGGGCGUCUGUCAGUGAGCUGCAGCUGGCCGUGGAGCGGGAGACGGCGGGCAGCGUCCGCCUGUUCUCGGUGCUGGUGUCGGCCAUCGAGCGCUCGCAGGCCGAGCUGAUGGAGGUGAUGGAGAUGAGCCGGAGGGCGGCAGAGCAUCAGGCCGACGCCACCAUCCGGCAGCUGGAGCUGGAGGUGGAGGAGCUGAGGAGGAGGGAGGCCGCCCUGGCCGAGCUCGCCCAGUCAGACGACUACAUCCACUGUGUCAAGACCUUCCCCUCAGUGUCCAGCCCCCCGCCGACCAGAGACUGGUCCUCAGCCUCGGUGAGGUCGGACCUGGGAACCGGAACCAUCUACAGGUCUCUGGCGGCGAUGGUGGAGAAGUUCCAGGAAGAGCUGAAGAACGUUGCAGAAAACGGUUUUCCUGCUCCGGUGGUAGAACCCAGUCCGGUCCGGUCUCAGCCCAGGAUGAAGCGGGUCCAGGAGUACGCCCUGGACGUGACUCUGGACUCCAACACCGCUCAUCCCAGACUGGUUCUGUCCGAGGACAUGAAGAGUGUCCGAUGUGGAGAUCGACACCAGCUGCUGCCGGACAACCCGGAGAGGUUCGACCGAGUGGUGUGUGUGCUGGGCAGGGAGGCCAUCUCUGCUGGGAGACACUACUGGGAGGUGGAGGUUGGCGGGAAGACGGACUGGGAUCUGGGCGUGGCCAAGCAGUCCAUCAACAGGAAGGGCAAGAUCGAGUACACUCCCAGUAACGGGUACUGGUUCCUCAGCCUGAGAGACAAGAGUAAAUACGCCUUCCGCACUGAGCCCUCCACAGACGUCCAUCUGAACCUGCGGCCUCAUAAGAUCGGCAUAUUUGUGGACUUUGAGAAAGGACAGGUGUCUUUCUACAACGUCGACGCUAAAAUCCACAUCUACACCUUCAACGUGACCUUCACUGAGAGCAUCUUCCCCUUCUUCAGCCCCUGCACCAACAAAUCAGGGAAGAACGACGUGCCGCUCAUCCUCACGCCGGUCAACACCUCAGAGUGAUUCUUCUGUCUCUUCUUCUGCCUCCCACACGUCUGGCGUCUGUGUUUGAACGUUAUUCUAUCCUCGGAUCAGACUUUAAGUGAACGGUCUGUAUUGUGUCGCCACGUCGAGCCGAGCAUGAAGCAUGAAGCAGGUGAAGUGGGAGAAACAUUAGAACUUAACAUUAAAGCUGUAAAAAAUGUUAAUAAUCCAACAGCUGGGCGUUAAAACAUCCUGUACAGCUCCAGAUGAGGGCACAGCUUCUGUCUUCUUGGCCUUCUGGUGUGGACGUGUGUGAACGCUGUGGACGGAUGAAACAGGAUUCAUAUGAUAUCUGAUGAACACGUUCAUUCACAACGUCUGUAAUUCUACCAGAAUCUCUCCUUUAACAGAAUCAGUGUAAAAUUACUCUCUUAAUUCUAACUAAUUAAAUCUAAUUUCCAGUAUUUAAAUUAAUAGAUUCAUCCAUGAGAUGUAACAAAAAAGAGAAAUAAUAAAUGUGUAAUGUGUUUAAAGAGUCUUUUUAUGUAUAAACCUUAUUUUCUUAUUAAACUUUUGCUGUUAUUCACAGUCUGGAUGUUGUUUUUACGUUAGACGUGUACAUUUACAGCCUGUUUGUGUAAUUUUAUGGACAUCGUAUUCAUCACGUGUUUCAGAAAUGCUGAAUAAUAAUAAAAAGGAAAAGCUGUAAAUGA